AUGAUUAGUAAGAUUGUUAAAAGGCUAAAUGGUCGGCAAGGCAAGUUGCUCUCUCAUGGUGGUAAGGCUACUUUGAUUAAAAGUGUCCUCCAAUUUAUCCCUGUCUACACUCUCUCUGCUAUGACCCCCCCUAAAGGAGUUUUUAGACUAAUUGAGAAAUAUUUUGCCAAUUUUUUCUGGGGUACCUCAGAGGAUCACAAGAGGUAUCAUUGGAGUUCCUGGAACCAUCUUUCCCUCCCUAUUGAUGAAGGAGGCAAAGGUUUUAGGAAAUUGGAAGAUAUUAAUAAUAUGUUAGCUAUGAAAAGGUGGUGGAGGAUAAGAUCCACAUCAUCUCUUUGGGCUAGAUUCAUUAGUAACAAAUACUGUGUGAGAUCCCACUUGGUCUCAAAUGAAUUGGCUCCAGGUAAUUCUCAUGCUUGUAAUCAUGUUCUAAAAAUUAGGAAUAUUGCAGAGAAUCAUAUUGUUUGGCAGGUAAAUUCAGGAUCAAGUAGCUUCUGGUGGGAUAAUUGGUCUCUUAAGGGACCUUUGGCUACGCCGGUUCCUGAUACUCCAAAAAGUGCCAAAAUCUUGGUUGGAGAAUUCAUAUUUGAUGGUCAAUGGAACAUCAACAAACUUAAGGAAUUCUUACCAGAUCAUUUGGCAGGGCUAGGAGGAGUCAUCAGAGAUGACCAGGGGGAUACUAUCAUGGCUUUCUCGAUUCCAUACAAUGCUGAAAACCACAACAUCGCAGAGGCUCAAGCAACUUGGAUUGGUACUAACUGGUGCAUACAAAAUGGUUUCACUCAAGCCACUCUUGAAUUGGACUCUCUCUACAUUGUAGAGAUCCUCCGUAAAGAAAGCGCAACCAGCUACAAGUUUAGUCAAAUAAUCAACAAGAUCAGAGAGGCUAUCAACACCUUCAAUAUUCAGAUUAGCCAAUGCUAUAGAGAGGCCAAUCAAGGAGCGGACUGCUUGGCUAAAAUGACAGUUAACAUUCAACAGCCAGCUUACUUCUAUUCUAACCAACAGUUGCCUAGUCAGGCAAAAGGCCAUUUUUUGCUGGACAAAGAUCAGGUUCCUUCCAUAAGGAACAAAUAUGACAAGGCCAAUUUUUUUGUUAGCUAG